GAUCGAGCAAUCUGAAAAAUGGAACACGUCGUUGAAAUCGGGGGCGUCCGCGUCCAGGUGACGCCUGUCGACGAAGUUCCGAAGACAGCCGUUGCCUUCCAGGAUCUCGUUGGGCAGCUGCAGAAUACUACGAUUCUCGCCAGGGUCCCUCGACCAAUUCCUGAAGCCCGUCGCCGUGUUCAAGUACUCGUGUCAGUCGAUUUUGAUGCGGUGUCGGGCUGGAUGGGCACAGGGCAGCAUCCCAAUAAUUGCCUCGCUGACUUCUCGUCGGGCAUCUUCGCAGGCCGCGUCGGCGUAGGCCGACUUCUGGGUCUCUUCAACCGCAUCGGUGUCUCCGACAAGGUAACAUGGUUCAUACCAGGUCACUCUAUGGAAACAUUCCCGGCGGAGACCAAAUCCAUCGUGGACUCGGGCGCGGAGAUUGCACUUCAUGGCUACUGCCACGAAGACUGCACCAAGCUCGACACAAAGCAGGAGGAAGACGUCUUGGACAAGUGUAUUGCCCUUGCCGAGUCUCUGACUGGGAAGCGCCCUGUUGGAUUCCGAGCUCCUUUGUACCGAAUCCGCCAUGAGACGAUUUCUCUCUUGGAGAAAAGGGGGUUUCUUUAUGACACCUCGCUCAGCGGCCACGACUCACAGCUGUACCCUCUUGACCGCGGCUUUUCUCUCGCUCCGGUCGACUAUUCUAAGCCGGCACAUACAUGGAUGCAGCCCUCUAUCCAGCCGGAAUCUACCGGCAUUGUUGAAAUCCCUGCAAACUGGUACAUGGAAGACAUGACCCCUCUUCAGUUCUGGCCCAACGUCGAAAACUCCCACGGCUUUGUGUCGGUUCAGACGAUCGAGAAGAUGUGGAAAGACCGCUUUACCUGGCUGUGGAGUCACGGUGCCGACGGUAAUGGCCCCGGUGACUUCGUCUUCCCUUUGGUUCUCCAUCCCGACACCUCGGGCAUGGCACACAUAGCAGGGGCUAUCGAGGAUGUGCUGCUCUGGUUGCAAAGCUGGGGGCCUCAGGUUGAAUUUGUCACAUACGAGACAGCAGCAAGGUCAUAUGUGGAGCAAACGGGUAGCGCAAGGUAGAUCAUGUCCAUAUAACAUAAUAUUGCAC